UCAACAUCACAUUUAUGAAGACCUAGUAGACACCAAAGAGCAUAGGAAGAUAAUAAGCAGAAACGUUGUUAAUCCACCCUAUGACAUUUAUGUUGGAGAGGAUAAAUAUGAAAAUGAAGAUCUACUGAAGUGGGCGUUCCCUGAAGAUGUCUGGUUCCACGUUGAUAAACUCUCAUCUGCUCAUGUCUACUUACGAUUACAUACUGGGGAAACUCUUGAUGAUGUUCCACAUUCUGUCAUAGAAGAUUGUGCUCAAUUAGUAAAAGCAAAUAGUAUUGCAGGAAAUAAACAGAACAAUGUUAAUGUUGUAUACACCAUGUUUGAAAAUCUCAAAAAGACUGCGGGUAUGGAUGUAGGCCAAGUAGGGUUCCACAAACAAAAACAGGUUAGAUCUAUACUUGUGGAAAAAAGAUUAAAUGAAAUUGUAAAUAGAUUAAAUAAAACAAAGGAAGAAAGACAUCCAAACCUCCAAGAAUUGAGAGAGGAAAGAGACAAAGCUGAGAGAGAUGAUAAGAAGGCAGUACUAAGAGAACAGAAGAAGCAAGAGAAGGAAGAAGCUGAAAAACGUGAAAAAGAGGCAGAAUUAAGGAGUUAUGAUAGACUGAUGACAUCUGAUAGAAUGACCACAAACCAGAAUAAUACAGACUUAGAGGAUGAUUUUAUGUAAUCAUGGACUGUCAAUUGAUCUCAGAAAAUCAUGGGAAUUCGUGGAUUUAAUAGUAUUUACUAUCGGCUUCUUUCCAUCCACCAUCACUUUUACAUCCACGAGCACUUGGUGUAACCUCGUCAUGUGAAAACAUUUUGGAUAAAAACAACUUUCUAUAUCAGCUGCAUACAAACACAUCUGAGAAUUUGAUUAAUUGGAUCUGAUGCCACAUAUGAAAUUAUAUUGUUCUUAGUGACCAGAGGAGAUACCAAUAACAGAUGGACUGAUGCCCUACUGGAAACAUAAACUGAUUGGAAUAUUGGGGAACAUAACGCUGAAGAAAGUGAUGUUCUAGGUGUUGACCAGAUAUUAACACUACUGUAUUUAUCAAUGCCACUGUAUUGGAAAUGUGAAGGUUCUUAGAAAAUACUCAAAAGUUA